UUUCUCGUCUGCCCUCCCCUUCGCUCUCUAGCUUAAAUACUCAAUUCAACCAAUAGCACCAAUGAAAACUUGUCCCAGUUAAACCGAAACAAAGCCUGAACCUCCGCUGGAUGCAUAAAGUUCCAAAGGAAGGGGUUUGUGACAGUGAGGAAGGCACAGUGGUGGAAAGUCGUGGUUAAUGUCAGUUGAUUUGUAGCGUAGGGUUGGGGGAAAGGAAAAGAAGAGGAAGACGAGGUGGAGCCGCAGGCCCUCGGAGCGCACGCAGAGCUCCCAAGAGAAGGGCCUAAUGACUGAACUACAGCAUGAUUGGGAAGCUGUAAGACCGGCAAAAGUUCUCAGCAAGAAAGAGAGCAAAGCUGGUUUGUUCCAUUCAGAGACUGAAAAUGGUGUGGAAGAGAAAAAAAGGGUUGGCAAGUCACCAAUACUACAGAUGCCAAUAUCUCCUGAGAUAGAAUCAUUGGACCAGAAAAAAAUCACUUUCUUAAGGUCAAAGACCAGUAGUGAUGGCCUCUCCUUGGUGAGUGACAGUAAGAGUGAUUCUAAAACUGACAGCAAAAAUGAUUCUAAGGCUGAAAGGAAAAAGUCAUACUCUACAAGUCAGUAUAAAGCAAAUAUGCACUUUCACAAGUUAUUUCUGGAAGUCCCAAGUGAGGAACCACUGAAACAAAGUUUUACUUGUGCUCUGCAGAAGGAAAUACUGUACCAAGGAAAACUGUUUAUAUCAGAAAACUGGAUUUGUUUCUAUUCCAAAGUCUUUGGCAAAGACACCAAGAUCUGUAUUCCAGCCAUCUCAGUGACUCUAAUAAAGAAAACCAAAACUGCCCUGCUGGUGCCAAAUGCUCUGAUUAUUUCAACAGUCACAGAAAGGUACAUAUUCGUUUCCUUGCUCUCCAGAGACACAACCUACAAAUUAAUAAAAUCAGUAUGCAGACACCUAGAAAAUACAAGUGUGGGCAACAGCCCCAACCCUUCAUCUCCUGAAAAUAGUUUCCGAGCUGAUCGUCCUUCAUCUUUGCCUCUGGAUUUCAAUGAUGAGUUCUCAGAUUUAGAUGGAAUGAUUCAGCAAAGAAGGCAAGCAAUGAAUGAAUACAGCAGCUCUGGAUCUCAGACUCCUGAAUCUGAAAAUUCUCAAGAUUUUCAUGUGAUGGAGUCCCAGACAGUUCUGAAAGUUAUUAAGGGAGAAACAAAAUCAGUUCAUACAGAAUCUCUUGUGAAUUGUGUGCCUAAAGGAAAAGCCAAGAGCCUUCCAGGAUACAGUCAGUCAGGAGCCUUUGGAUUCUUCCAUAAAUUAAGGUCCCAGAAAUCUCUGACACUCCGCCACAUUCUCAUAUUCUAUGCAGUUGUUGUCUGUGCACUUAUCUUUUCUACCUUCUACAUGAGACACAGAAUCAACGCUCUGGAGGAACGGCUUAGAUCAAUAGCCUCUGUGGCUGAUUCUCAUGAACAAAAAGCACAACAUUCCUUGGGAUCACAAAUGGAAGUCAACACUGAGACCCUCUGUGCAGAGUUAACAGCCAACAUAAUAAAACUAGAAAAGAUACAAAACAACUUACAAAGGCUGCUGGAGAAUGGUGACUGACUUACCUACUUGCUUGGGGCCAACUUAAUGCCACACUUUUAAGAAACAACUCCACUACUCAUGGAGGGCACUCUGCUGGACAGAGACACCGAUUAAUUGGAAUCCAAAGCCACUUUUGCACUUUACAGUUGCUGUCUAAGGAAAAUAGGAAGUGAUUUGGUUACUGUGCAAUAAAUGUCAACAUUGACUCUGGGGGUGUUUUUGCUGCUGCAUCAUGGAGAGGAUGGAUCUCAUUUCUUUGGAUGUAUCAAAGGAGACUGUUGGACAUAGCUCUGCCUUUGGGUUUGGAUUGACUGAGGUUCAACAGUGAUUGCUAACAUCAACAAAUAUGCUCCACUCUGUUUUACUUCUUCCUUUCUACACUUUCUUUAUCUCUUAAAACUCCUCACCUUCAACCUUAAAAUUAGGCAAUAAGUUUAGAGUUGUCCAAAAUUAAAAGGGGCUGCUUCAUAAAAAAAUAAAUAAUAAUUCCCCAUAGCUAGAGGUAUUUAAAUACAGACUGGAUCCACGAUUUGGAUAGGUAUUGGAAUAGAUUACCUCUCAAGUUCCUUCCAUUGCUAGUAUCCUGGGAUUCUCUUUAAAGUGCCUAAUAGGAGCCCCAAUUAAUUAAGGUAUUUUUUUUUUAAAAAAGCCCUAAGUGUAAAUGAUGCUGAAUACACAAAAGCUUGAAAUAGAUAACUAACUUUUUUUCUCCUCCUUCUCUAUCCUCUUUUAAAUAAGCUGUGUGUUUAAAUUUCUUAAUAGGGUGUCAAUAAUGAUAAUAGGCAAAGUGGAUUUAAGUACUCAGUUGGAUUUUUCUUUUUCUUGUAGCUAAUACUUUUUCUAAGUUAUCUUUCCCUAAGCAGGAUGUGGUACUGGAGCACUAAAUUAAAACUUGCCUUGAGAAUCUAAUUUUUAAAACCAAAAAAAAAAAAA